CGGUAGAUAUUCGUAGUCUUGGAGGGAAUAUUAAAAUCUCAACAGUGAAAAAUUUUUAUGGUGGUGUUGAUCAAGGUCGACGUCGUAAUCUAAAUCCUUAUCCAACGACAUUUAACUUAUUAAAUGAGGCAGUUAAUAAUAAUGAUAAUUUGAAAAAAGAUUAUGAUGCGAGCAAGUUUAUGCGGAUAGACGAAAAUACAAUUAAAGCAACCAGAACGGAAGUAAUUUAUGAUGAAAGAAAUGAGGAUGUUCAUAUAGCAUAUAAGGCCGAAAGCUCUGACUUUUGUGAUAAAUAA